UUGUAGAACAUCGUGACACCAAGUAAAGAUAAGGAGUAACUACAUGUCAUAUCCAGUUACGCCAACAGCGUCGCAAGAUGUAUUGCAUGAUAGUAAUUAUUCUAAUAUUUCCAGAUUAAAGCACUAUUGUCGACAACGUAUUGGUCAUCUAGCACACAUUAUGACAUCGUUGGAAAACGACUUCGUCAAGAAUCAUGCCAGAGAAAUGCAAACUCACCACUGGUGGAUAGGCCUGAACUAUCAGGUGGUGGAAGGACACUUUAUUUGGGAUGACGACGAUACAGAGGCGACAUUUACAGCCCUAGUCGUAUUAACACAAACAGCAUACUCCGAUAACAAGGUUUCUUGUUUUCCUACAAGACUGGGGCACCAACAAGCCUCAAGGAGGUGGAGAAGACUGCGUUGCUCUCGACUAUCAGGAUGGCUAUAUGUGGGGAGAUUUCCCUUGCACUAUGCAGCUGUUUCCAGUCUGCAAAGCACAGUAAUGCUGGAGAAUACCAGAAGGAGAAGAGAUUAUAGGGUAGCAGCAAGCUGAGGCAGUAACACAGUAAAAUUGGAAUUGUUUAAAAAUAAAAUUUCACGUCGAUAAAA